AUGAAGAUCCCAAGCACUAUCAUCGAGCUUGCCACUCGUUCCAGCGCGACGAGAGCUAUACUAAACAUCACAGACGAAGUCCCGAUUGCGUUACUUGCCUCGGAGCCACCAUUUGCGAUACCAGUAGACCCAGGCUUCAACGCCGUUUCGCUGGAGUUCCAGUACUGGCCAACUUAUGGGGGCAAUGCCACGGGUCAGCCGAACGAGUAUAUGAGUCAGCUAUGGGCGAACAUGGGCGAGAGGACGGGCAAGACGCCUCCCAUACGCAUUGGCGGUACAAGCGAAAACCAGGCCUACGUCGACACCUCUCUUCAGCUCUGGAACGCGAGCGAUCUGACUUAUGUCUAUGGCCCGUUCACGUCGGCCACUCGGGGUAACACUUCCAUCGGCAGAGACUGGUAUGCCCUGGCAGGUAAUUUGCCUGCCGGCACGGACGUCACCUUUGGUGUCAAUCUCUACGAGAAGAGCGAAGUCGCCAAACAGUCUGAAAUGCUUGCCGAAGCAUUCCAGGGUUCUCGCUCUCUUACAAAAGACAUCAACCUUCAGUUCAUCCAGGUGGGCAACGAGCCCAACUUCUACUUCGACCACGCGUUUGACUUCGUGUCGCACUGGACCUCACUCGCCCAUACCCUACUCAAGCACAUCGCGCUCGGCGGUAAAGGCGAGCCGACACUCUGGAUUGGAUCCGAGGUGCAAGGAGUCGGUUUCCAGCUUGCUGGAACGCUCCAGGCGGGGAUCCUUGAUGACGAGGAGAUCGCUUCUGCAAACUUCGUUUUAGAAGAACACCAGUAUUCCGGAGCUGGCGAGAUCGGUGCAGUGCCCGGUGGUCCCCCGCCAGUUAUAACCGAACUUAUUACCUGGCCGAAGCUGGUGACUAUGCUGCGUAAGGUCCCACCUCCCUCUCUGCCUGUCUAUAAGUGGAUGAUACAUGUUCAAGCUAACUUGUUGGGUAACGAAAGCGAAGGAAUCUUUGGCCUUUCCAACACCGGCGAAGCAGCCAUAUGGGCGGUUGACUAUAUGCUCAUGGGAGCCUCCAUGGGAGUUCGCCGUGUCUACUUGCACAGCACUCCCAACCGCAUGUUCUCCUCCUUCAUGCCCGGAUGGGGGUUUCCCAAUGGCACACAGAUCGAACGUCCUCACAUCAUGCCCAAGUAUAACGGACUGCUGGUCGUGAACGAGAUGAUUGGCAGGAGUGGCGUCGCCAGCGUAGCGGAAGUCGAAACUGGCAAUGCUCAACUGGCGGCCUAUGGGGCUUGGGAGCAUGGAAAGCUGGCCCGGAUGGUUCUCAUCAACUCGAAUGUGGCCGAGAGGAAUGUCACGAGGUCAGCUAUGACCGUGACAUUGAAGGGAGAUCACGCGGCAGGCCGUGCUACCGCUAAACGCCUCUCCAUUCCAUAUACCACCGCCACCCAGGACAUUACUUGGGCCGGUCAAUCGUUCGAGACAAUCGAUGGUGCGCCUUCUGGUGAUGUUGUCGAGGAACCCAUUGAUGGUCUUUCGGUGACGAUCGCAGCGACAGAAGUUGUUAUGCUUUCAUUUACAGACUGA